GUCUUGGAGAGUCCUCCGAUGAAAUACUUCACCCAACUUUGUAUGGCUGCGAUUAUUUCAUGGGCAUAUCCAUUACAUAGUUGCAGAGAUAGAGACUUUAAUCCCAUAAAACCCUAGUAAACACUCUGCAGCCUAAUGGUAAACCUCAUCCAAAAUCAAACCCUCAGGAAACUCAUGGUUUCCGCCAUUGCAAGCAGCACAGUAUUUGCUGCCUCCUCAGCAACGACAACCGCCAUGCCGAUGGCUUGCUCACGCGCUCUGGGCCUCGGCCCUGCGCUCGCAUUCUCUACAAGAUUUUUUACAAAACCCUUUUCUUCUUCUCCUUCACUUCGGGUGUCUUGUUCGCCGUUGUUAUACAGUCCUCUCGCCGUAAUUUGCCAUGAAGAGCUGCAAUGCAAAAGACAAUCGAUUAGAUGCAAAGUAACUCGGUCGGGGGAUUCGGGGUAUUCUCCGCUGUCGAGUAAUUCCAACUGGAGCGAUAGGCCGCCCACAGAGAUGGCGCCUUUGUUUCCUGGGUGUGAUUAUGAACACUGGCUUAUAGUCAUGGACCCUCUCAAUGACGGCAAAGCCACCAAGGACGAAAUGAUUGAUCACUACAUCAAAACCCUCGCCAAGGUUCUUGGAAGCGAGGAAGCCGCUAAGAAAUCCAUAUACAAUGUUUCUUGCGAACGUUACUAUGGAUUUGGGUGCCAGAUUGAUGAGGAAACCUCCGCUAAACUUGAGGGACUCCCUGGAGUGUGUUUUGUUCUUCCAGAUUCUUACGUGGAUGUGGAAAACAAGGAUUAUGGAGCGGAGCUAUUGGUUGAUGGAAAGAUAGUUGAGAGGUCACCUGAAAGACAACGGCGUGUUACUCCACAACCUAUGCGGAACAACAGUGAUAGACCCAGAUACAAUGAUAGAACAAGAUAUGUCAGGCGACGAGAGAAUCAGAGUCAAGGCCGAUGAACAGCAUUGUUUCCCUCAGAACAUUGAGAGUGUACAAGACUGGUAUAACCUUACUAGAACAUCACUGUUCCUGCAAUGUGAUCCAAUCAAAAUGGUUUUUGAUCUAAAGGCGCUUGAAAAUGAGUCAUUAUGCUUGAAGAUUUUGUUGUGAGAUUCAUUAUUCCCAUUUAUGUGUGCCGGUUCUUGUCCCCAGAAAAACUGGUAAAGCUGUUUGUAUGUAAUAACUAACUUUCUGUUAAUAGACUUGUUUAAUUAUCUCAAUAGUGAUUUUGGCACCAAAUGGAGAUCUAGAAGUGUCAGAUGUGGUUGUUUUGGACCAUCCAUUAUAAUCAUGUAAGUCUGCUGGCAUGUCUAAUGACUAAUCUGUCGUUUCGAGGAUAUGGUUCCGCUUUUUUAAAAUUAUCUUUAGUGAUUUGGCACCACCACGAUGUGGUUGUUUAGGACCAUCAAUUAUAAUAAUGUAAUUUUAAUGGCAUGUUUAAGAGUAAUCUGUUGUUUUGAGGA